UCUUUUUUUACUUAUUAUUAUUAUUAUCAUCAUUACUAAGAUAGGAUACAGGUCGCAGGAGGAGAGUUUUUAAUAGUUGUUGUUUAUAAUUUGUUAAAAAUAAUAAUAAUAAUAAAAUGGCUUUAUGUAGUCCACGCUUACAAAGAUUUCUACUCAACAGCAGCAGCAACAACAACAACAACAACAACGUGGCGGUGGUUAUGACUAGUGGUAGUAAGAUUGAGUUGUUGAAGAAGAAGAAGAAGAAGAUAAAUAUGAUGAGUAAUUAUAAUAAUAAUAAUAACAGCAGCAGCAGGAGUAGUCGAUUAUCAUCAUGUAGGAGUAGAAGUAGGAGUAGUUCAUCAUCAUCAUCAUCAGCUGCGAUUGCAAUCAACAACUCGCCUGAUUCGGUGUCUGAUUCUCCAGCAGCUGGAAUCAGAUGGGGUUCUGCCAAACUCCAGGGUCCCCGCGACGAAAUGGAAGACGAUGCUCUUAUCAUUCCUCCUCCUUCUACCGACCUCGGUGGUUUCCUUUUUGCUGCUGUUUUCGAUGGUCACGCCGGUUUCUCUUCUGUCAACUUCCUCAGGGAGGAGCUAUACAAGGAGUGUGUCAAUGCUCUACAAGGUGGUCUAUUGUUGAUGAAAAAAGACACUCUUGCCAUCAAAAAAGCAUUACAAGAGGCUUUUCAGAAUGCUGAUGCCAAACUUAUUAAUUGGCUUGAAAUAAGCGGGGAGGACGAUGAAUCUGGCGCGACUGCUACUACUGUCUUCAUUGGCAAUGAUAUGCUAUUCAUCUCCCACGUUGGUGACUCCUCUGCGGUUCUUUCACAAUCUGGAAAAGCACUAGAAUUAACUAAUUCUCACAGACCUUAUGGAAGAAACAAAGUUUCUCUGCAAGAAAUUAAAAGAAUCAGAGAAGCAGGUGGAUGGAUUUCAGAUGGAAGAAUUUGUGGAGAUAUCUCUGUGUCCCGUGCCUUCGGUGACAUACGGUUUAAGACUAAGAAGAAUGAGAUGCUGGACAAGGGAGUUGCAGAAGGAAGAUGGUCCAAAAAAUUUGUAUCCCGCAUAAAGUUCGUUGGAGAUUUGGUUAUUGCUACUCCUGAUAUUUAUCAAAUUGCAUUGGGGUCUGAUGCCGAGUUUGUAUUGUUAGCAACUGAUGGAUUAUGGGAUUACAUAAAGAGCUCGGAUGCAGUCAAAUUUGUGAGAAACCAACUCAGGGAACAUGGAGAUGUUCAGGUUGCAUCUGAAGCUCUGGCUCAAAUGGCCUUGGACCAAUAUUCUCAGGAUAAUGUAACCAUUGUCAUCGCGGAUUUGGGGCGGACAGAUUGGCAAAAAUUACCUAUACAACAACAAAACUUUGUCUAUGAACUCAUCCAAGCCUUUGCAACCAUUGGUAUUGUGUCAUUUGGACUAUGGAUGUCAUGUACUGCUUCGCUUUGAAACAGACACUUACAGUCUGUGUAUAUAGUCAACAUACAUAUGUUUCCCUUUUAUUACUUAAUAUAUUCAAUUACUGUAA